UACCAUUUUUACGCCAAUAAGAGAGAGAGAGAGAGAGAGAGAGAGAGAGAGAGAGAGAGAGAGAGAGAGAGAGAGAGAUGGCGAUGAGAGAAUGCCUCAACUUGACGGGAAUCCCUUACACCAGAGAGGGUAUCUACGCGACCAACAACCAGUUCCAGAAAGCUGGUCCUAAGGGUUUCAUCCACGUCAAGGUUCUGGAGAACGACAGCCUCUACGUGCGCGUCGACUUGCCCGGCGUUCCUGACGACGGCGUCCGCCACAGAGUCGACGCCGUGAGAAAAAAGCUUGUGUUUUUCUCCGGCCAAACUCCCGACGGGAACAGGAGGGAGGGCGUUCGUGAGUACUCUGGAUCCGCCGGACUAGGGUGUGACUGCUGCGAGAUCACCGGCGUGGAUGCCAAGAUGAAAGAUGGAGUCUUGAGGAUGAUUGUCUCGAGGGUCAAAGUGAAGGACCAUGACAACAAGUGUACCAACACUGUCCCUCCUAACGCAGGUAAGUCUGGGAGACACCUUGAGGAUCAUCCGUUUGUGGUGAAAGGGCGUAAGGGAGCUUUCGUUGGAGUUCCAUUACCGGGUGAUGGUCUCUACUUCGCAGUCGAUAUACCUGGUGUCCGUGGCGAUGAUGUUGAAGUUCUUGCUAACGAGCAUCAGGUUAAGUUCUACGCCGAGGUGAAGAACGUGUACGAGCAUGAUGAAGGUGGUGGCCGUGUUUACUUGGGAUGCGUCAACAGUCGCUCUUCCUCCUCUGACCCUCCGCCUUCGAUUUUGACUCACAGGUUAGGGUACGACGCAGAGUUCGGUGUUCUCAAGAUUGUCAUUGCACCUCGUCCCAACAAUACCAGCAGCGACUAAGAGUAAUCAUGAUGCUCUCUCUAGCUACUACGUUUAUCUAUCGUUUAUUUUGGAAGAACCUUUUGUUUGACUACUAGUUUUCUUGUUUGAGUUGUGACAAUUUUAAGUUUGCUAUGGUAUCUGGUGAUUUAGUUUCAGUU